AUAGUUACUGCAUCCAAGGCCAUAUGCCCACCCCCAAGGCUGAGAGCUAAAGCCGGAGUGGAGAAGGGAGAAGCACCAUUUCCAACCAGUUUCAGUUCUGCUUUCCCAGGGAGGCAGGCCAGGGGAGCUCCGCUUUGGAAGAUGUUGGUUCCAGGGCACUGGGAUGGGCUGAGGUUCACCAUGCCCAGCCUGAUGUUGUUCACAGCAGCUCUGCUCUCCAGCUGGGCCCAGCUACUGACUGAUGCCAGCUCCUGGUGGUCGCUAGCUCUGAACCCGGUGCAGAGACCUGAGAUGUUCAUCAUUGGUGCUCAGCCUGUGUGCAGCCAGCUUCCUGGGCUUUCCCCAGGCCAGAGAAAGCUGUGUCAGUUGUAUCAGGAGCACAUGUCCUACAUCGGGGAGGGAGCCAAGACGGGCAUCAGGGAGUGCCAGCACCAGUUCCGGCAGAGGCGCUGGAACUGUAGUACUGUGGACAACACGUCUGUCUUCGGCAGAGUCAUGCAGAUAGGUAGCCGGGAGACUGCCUUCACCUAUGCAGUGAGUGCUGCCGGUGUGGUGAAUGCCAUCAGCCGUGCUUGCCGAGAGGGUGAGCUGUCCACCUGUGGCUGCAGCCGGACUGCCAGGCCCAAGGACCUGCCACGAGACUGGCUGUGGGGUGGCUGUGGGGACAAUGUGGAGUAUGGCUACCGCUUUGCCAAAGAGUUUGUAGAUGCCCGAGAGCGUGAGAAGAACUUUGUCAAGGGAUCAGAGGAGCAGGGCCGAGCCCUCAUGAACCUACAGAACAACGAGGCUGGCCGCCGGGCUGUGUAUAAGAUGGCUGAUGUCGCCUGCAAAUGUCACGGAGUCUCAGGGUCCUGCAGCCUCAAGACCUGCUGGCUCCAGCUGGCUGAGUUCCGCAAGGUAGGGGACCGGUUGAAGGAGAAGUAUGACAGCGCUGCCGCCGUGCGCAUCACCCGACAGGGCAAGCUGGAGCUGGCUAACAGCCGCUUCAACCAGCCCACGCCAGAGGACCUGGUCUACGUGGACCCCAGCCCUGACUACUGCCUGCGCAACGAGACCACAGGCUCACUGGGCACCCAGGGCCGCCUCUGCAACAAGACCUCAGAGGGCACGGAUGGCUGUGAGCUCAUGUGCUGUGGCCGCGGCUAUGACCGCUUCAAGAGCGUCCAGGUGGAGCGUUGCCACUGCAGGUUCCACUGGUGUUGCUUUGUCAGGUGCAAAAAAUGCACCGAGAUUGUGGACCAGUAUGUCUGUAAAUGAUGGCACCCAUGCCUCCAGCCCACUCCUCUCUGCCUCUCAAAAGUCUGUAUUAUAUAAAUCUAUCUAAAUAUAUUUUAUAUUUGUACAAAUGAAUGGACGGAUGGUAAAUAAGCAAGAGAAGAAAAUGGAGAGGAAGGACUUAAGAGAUGCUGGCCCUCUGUGAGGACUGGGCUUUGCUGGUAACCUGCAGCCAGUGGAGAGAAAUGGGCUUUUCCAUGCUUUCUGGCCAGGACUCUCAGGACACAGAGGCUUGAGAGCGUCAUGCGCCAUAGCCUCCAGGAAAGAGGAAGUGAUUAGAUGAAGGAGAUGGGCUUGUUUCAAAUCUGCAGUCUAUGACCCUGGCCAGGAGACCCAGAGGCCCUGUGGAAGGUGAAGACCUGACAACCCCAAUGGUGGCCUAGGUCUUCUCCUGAAUGGAGGCAGCUUUAGUAAAAGUCCCAGUACUUGCUUCUUUUCUCAUCCAGUGCGCAACUGCAGGAAAGGAAGGUUCCUUCCCCAGUAGUGGGGAGAGGUCUCAAGUCACUCUGACUGGUGACCGUAAGGGACCUGUGCCUCUCUGGAUUCUGGAUCUGUGUUCUGAUGAGGAUGCCAUCAGCUCCUGCUGCAAAGCUCCUGGGCCGAGAGAAAGAUGGCCACUUACUCUGCUACACCAAGGAAGACAUGAAGCAAACCUGGGCUCUGACUGGGGACAAAGGGCUUGUGCACUGCCAUCUCGCCACAGGGCAGGAAACUGUUGCUGCUGCUGCCACCUCCUCUAUCGGGGAGGCCUCAUGAACAGCAGGGCAUGCUGGCAGGUCAUCUCUGCCCAGAUGUACAGUGUCCCUCUGACAUUAAAUAUCUUUUACCAAGGUU